GGCGGCAUUCCCAGCAUGCCCUGCCGACUCUGAACUUGCCCUGAUCUCACUGCCCACGGACAUGAGGCCUGGAGAAGAGAGUCAGCUGGUGCCCAAAGAGAUUGAAAAUGCAGCCGACGAGCCAAGAGUACUGUGCAUCGUGCAAGACACCACCAACUGCAAGAGCGUAAACGAACGAAUCACGUUAAACCUCCCGGCGUCCACCUCGGUGAAACAACUGUACGAAGACGUGUCCAAUAAGGCGGGAUAUGUUUCCAGCACGUUCAGUCUGAUGUGGGGGAAUGGAGCCAGUAACACUGACAUGGCGGCGCUGGAUCCAACCCCAGACAGGACUUUGCAAGAGGCCGGAUUUGAAGCAGGAAAGAAAAACUUCCUUCAUUUGACAGAUAAAGACGGGGAACAGCCACAGCUCACGUCGGAUGAAUCAGGGACAGCAGACAGCAGUGGGCUCGACGACAGCUCUCAGGAGAAAUUCAUCGGACCAUUACCCAGAGAAGAGUCUGUGGCCGGCACAAGCAACUAUGUCAGCCAGAACUACUCGUACUCCUCCCUUCUCAGCAAGUCUGAUACAGGUUACGUGGGCCUGGUGAACCAAGCGAUGACUUGUUACUUGAACAGCCUCCUGCAAACCCUCUUCAUGACCCCAGAGUUCCGGAAUGCGCUGUACAAGUGGGAGUUUGAGGAGUCAGAAGAAGAUCCAGUCUCCAGCAUCCCGUACCAGCUGCAAAGACUCUUUGUUUUACUGCAGACGAGCAAAAAGCGAGCGAUAGAAACCACAGACGUGACUCGCAGCUUUGGCUGGGACAGCAGUGAAGCUUGGCAGCAGCAUGACGUUCAGGAACUGUGCCGGGUCAUGUUCGAUGCUUUGGAGCAAAAAUGGAAGCAGACAGAACAGGCUGACCUCAUCAAUCAGCUGUAUCAAGGAAAGCUAAAGGACUACGUGAAAUGCUUGGAGUGCGGCUACGAAAGCUGGAGGAUCGAUACGUUCCUUGAUAUUCCUCUAGUCAUCCGGCCGUACGGCUCUAACACAGCGUUUGGUAGUAUGGAAGAAGCACUUCAUGCGUUUAUCCAGCCGGAGACCCUAGAUGGACCCAAUCAGUACUUCUGUGAGCGGUGCAAGAGGAAAUGCGAUGCACGGAAGGGCCUGAAGUUCCUGCAUUUUCCAUACCUCCUUACUCUGCAGCUCAAGAGGUUUGAUUUUGAUUACACCAGCAUGCACAGGAUCAAACUGAAUGAUCGGAUGACGUUUCCCGACGAGCUAGACAUGAGCCCGUUCAUAGACAUGGAAGACGAGAAGUCUCCUCAAACAGAUAGCUGCACAGAUAGUGGUGCUGAAAAUGAGGGCAGUUGCCAUAGUGACCAAAUGAGCAACGAUUUUUCCACUGAUGACGCAGUUGAUGAGGGAAUCUGUCUGGAAACAAACAGCAAUAUUGAAAAGCUGAAUAAAUCUGUAGCAGAAAAGAAUUCCUUGUAUGAACUUUUUUCCGUGAUGGUCCAUUCAGGGAGUGCAGCGGGGGGACAUUACUACGCCUGUAUAAAAUCCUUUGCUGAUGGCCAGUGGUACAGCUUCAAUGAUCAGCACGUAAGCAGGAUAACACAAGAGGACAUUAAAAAAACUUAUGGUGGGGCUAUGGGAAACCGCGGCUACUACUCCAGUGCCUUUGCUAGCUCUACAAAUGCAUACAUGCUGAUGUACAGACUGAAGAACCCAGCUAGAAAUGCACAAUUCCUUGAAGCGAGUGAAUUUCCUGAGCACAUAAAACUUCUCGUGCAAAAGGAGCAGGAACAGGAAGAGCAGGAGAAGCGCCAGCGAGAGAUUGAACGCAACACAUGCAAACUCAAGCUUUUCUGCAUGCACCCGGUCAAGCAGAUCAUGAUGGAAAGUAAACUUGAAGUUCACAAAGAUAAAACCAUGAAAGAAGCCGUUGAGAUUGCGAACAAGCUCAUGGACUUGGAAGGCGUGAUCCCUCUCGACUGCUGCCGGCUAGUGAAGUAUGAUGAAUUUCACGAUUACCUGGAGCGCUCCUACGAAGACGAGGAGGACCGGACGAUGGGAUAUCUGCUUGGAGGCGUCAAAUCGUCUUAUAUGUUCGACCUAUUGUUAGAAACCAAGAGACCAGACCAAGUAUUUCAGUCCUAUAAACCUGGUGAGGUCAUGGUCAAAGUGUACGUGGUGGAUCUAAAGACCGAAACCGUAGCUUCUCCCGUUAGCGUCCGCGCCUAUCUUAGUCAGACCAUCAUCGAGUUCAAGCAGCUUAUCUCUAAGAGUGUCGAUUUGCCGCCGGACAGCAUGCGCGUUAUCCUGGAGCGAUGUUACAACGACUUGCGCCUUUUAAACGUGGCGAAUAAAACCUUGAAAGCAGAAGGAUUCUUCAGAAGCAAUAAGGUGUUUGUGGAAAGCUCCGACUCUCUCGACCACCAGCUGGUUUUUACCGACUCUCAUCUGUGGAAACUCUUGGACCGCCACGCCAACACCAUCAAGCUUUAUGUGUCUUUACCUGAGCACCCCCGUCCGACGGCGAGGUCCGUCGGUCCGAAAGGGGGCGGGGAUAUGAAUCCUCAAGAGGACUACUGCAGCAGGGCGAAAUCGGUGGAUGCCAUUCUGGAAGAGAGCACAGAGAAGCUAAAGAGCCUGUCUCUUCAGCAGCACCAAGAUGGCGGCAACGGGGACAGCAGCAAGAGCACCGAGGGGAGCGAUUUCGAGAACAUUGAUUCGCCACUGAAUGAGGUGGAUUCUUCAGGGUCAGCCGACAACCAAGAACUGGAAAACCGAAUCUUGCCGGCUGACCCCGAGAACAACUUUCAGCCGGAAGAGCGGUCGGACUCUGACGUGAACAAUGACCGGAGCACCAGCUCAGUGGAUAGCGAUAUCCUCAGCUCAAGCCAUAGCAGCGAUACUUUGUGCAACGCAGACGGCACCCCCAUCCCCCUCGCAAAUGGACUCGACUCCCACAGCAUCACCAGCAGCAGGCGCUCCAAAGCCAACGACGGCAAGAAAGAGACGUGGGACACUGCCGAGGAGGAUUCUGGGACGGAUAGCGAGUACGACGAGAGCGGAAAAAGCAGGGGAGAGGCGCAAUAUAUGUAUUUUAAAGCGGAGCCACAUGCAGGGGAGGGUUGCUUAGCGGAAGGAAGUAAAUGCCUCCUGGUAAACGUGGAUAAGAGGAUCACCUUAGCUGCCUUCAAACAGCAACUGGAGUCUUUUGUGGGGGUGCCCUCCUCCCAGUUUAAAGUUUUUCGGGUCUAUGCCAGCAAUCAGGAAUUUGAGAGCGUCCGGCUCAAUGAGACGCUUUCUUCUUUUUCAGAUGACAACAAGAUCACCAUCAGACUCGGGAGAGCUCUGAAAAAAGGGGAAUACCGGGUCAAAAUCUUUCAGCUUUUAGUAAACGAGCCCGAGCCUUGCAAGUUUGUGUUGGACGCAGUGUUUUCUAAAGGAAUGACCGUGCGACAGUCCAAAGAGGAGCUGUUGCCGCUACUCAGGGAGCAGUGUGGGCUGGAUCUUUCUAUAGACAGGUUCCGGCUGCGAAAGAAAACGUGGAAGAACCCAGGGACAGUAUUUCUGGAUUCCCAUGUUUACGAGAAUGAAAGUAUUUCGAGCUGCUGGGAGGUUUUGUUAGAAGCGCUGGACGAAACUGAGAAAAUGAAGUCCAUGUCGCAGCUCUCCUUGUUUACAAAGAGGUGGAGGCCGUCGGAGUUAAAGCUGGACCCCUUUAAGGAGGUUGUGCUGGAAAGUAACAGCGUGGAGGAGUUAAGAGACAAGAUUUGUGAGAUAAGUGCUAUACCCUUGGAGAACUUAGAAUUUGCUAAGGGUCGAGGCACGUUCCCCUGUGACAUUUCCGUUUUGGAGAUCCAUCAGGAUUUGGACUGGAAUCCUAAAGUGUCGACGCUGAAUGCUUGGCCGCUGUACAUUUCAGACGAUGGAGCCGUCAUAUUUUACCGGGAUAAAACCGAAGAAGUGAUGGAACUGACGGACGAGCAGAGAAACGAACUGGUGAAGAAGGAAAGCAGCCGCCUGCAAAAGACCGGACACCGCGUCACCUACUCCCCCCGAAAGGAAAAAGCACUAAAAAUAUACCUAGACGGGCCGACCAAUAAAGACUCGGCGCAAGACUGACGGCGGCCCCCCAGCCCGCACCUGAACUUGAUGGGGGUUAUUUUUAUUACUCUUCUAUUUUCAAAACUGGUCAGUUACCCCCACAUUUGUCGGACGCUCCAUACGCGUGACGCCACCACACCAGCACUGAUUGGUGGACUGUCAGCCAACCAGCAGCCUUCUGGCUACGCCGAGGUCUUGGGGAAACGUUAUUUUUCUCUGCACUAUGGUCGAUAAAGCUGUAAAGUGAAAAGGGAUGUGCAAAUGCAAAUAAAAAAAAAUAUAUAAAUAUAUAUAUAUAUAUAAACGUAAGAAAUGCGAGAGGGGGUGAGUUGGAAAGUCUCUGCGCGCACCUGGGGCCCCUCGGUAUUCCGGGGGCCCCCAUGUAAAGGUCAGACCGUUUUUAAUGUUUUUGAUACACACAAUACCUCAUUGGACUUGUAGAGAUUCUAAUAUAAAUAAACGGCGGACGGACGUAGGCAUUAAUAUAAGCAGCUGCUGAACCAAUUAGAUCUUCCCUCUCUAUACAGGUUCUGGUACCCCGUGUCCACGCUGCUGAGUGGAACCCCCCGAAUCCGAUCAGAGUCUAGAGACACCCCUGCUACUGUCCAAUAGAAACGCAGCUCGGCCCCUAAUUCUAUCACCUAUCCAACACUGUGCCCGUGGGAAUACGUAGCUGCCUAUUUAAUACGCAACUGCCGCCUCGUUCUGCCAUAUGGAAGAGCCCGUGUUUUUUUCGCCUGGUACAACAGAGAUCUAUAUAUUCGCUCGGUUACUGAUUUUAUUUUUUUUUUGUAUAUAUUGUUAUAAUUAUUUUACGUUUGUUUCCCCCUCACUCCAUUCACGCUUUACACUGCUUCCUGGUAGGCGAGACGUCUUAAAUCAAAAGCAGUUUUUUGUUUUAAAGGAUAAGUAAACCUUUAAAAUACAUGAUGAGGGGGCUAUUCUAAGCACUAUUGUCAUUUACAUUAUUUUGUUUUCAUUCCAAGAUAUUAAGGGAUACAUGUGCUGUUAAUAUGAAUGAAUUUUGUUACAACAGCGCCACCUGCUGGUCAGUUUCCCACCAGUCUGACCACCAAGUAGUCAAGGAAGUUGUCAGGAGAAAGAAAGAGGCUGAUGUUCUUCUGCUUAGGAAAGAUAUGAGAAAGGUUUUUAAUUUUAUUCCUAAGCAGAAGAACAUCAGCCUCUUUCUUUCUCCUGACAACUUCCUUGACUACUUGCUGGUCAGACUGGUGGGAAACUGACCAGCAGGUGGCGCUGUUGUAACAAAAUUCAUUCCUAUUAACAGCACAUGUAUCCCUUAAUAUCUUGGAAUUAAAAAAAUAAAUAAUGAAUGUACGUUGGAAAAUUUCUAAGAAUCGCCCCUCAUCAAUUUUACAUUCAAUUAUUUUAAAGGUUUACUUAUCCUUUAAAUGCCGUAGCAAUAGCGGGUUGCCCACCUGCAUAUAUAUAUAUCAUAGACAUCCCGUGACAUCGCACACACCCUCCUUUUAUUUAUUUUUUUAAGGGCGUCUCGACAUUUCAAGCAUUAACAGAUGAAAUUUCUGUCUAAUUUAUAAGAAAUCAGUCCAUGGGUUUGAUACAAAUUUUUUUUUCCAUGCCGGAUGCUGUUUACAACACUGAACAUGCCAAUAAAAAAUAGA